AUGGAGUUACAGCAAAGUUUUGAUACCGAGCUUUUCAUUGAUGAAGUUGAAAAACGGCGUGCCAUUUGGGACUUUGAGAGUGAAGAUUACAAAAAUCGGGUGUUGAAAAGGUCGGCCUGGGUAGAGUUAGUGGACUUGUUUUUUGAGAAGGAUGCUACAGUGGAACAGAAGAAGAUUUACGGUGCUUCACUUCGAAAAAGAUGGAAGAAUUUGAGAGACAGUUUUGCAAGGGAGCUGAGAAAGAAAAAGACGACUAAGUCAGGGUCAGCAGCAGUAAAAAGCACACCUUACAUAUAUUUUCAAAGAUUGAUGUUUUUGGAAAACACCAUGCGAAAUAAGGAAACUCAAAGUAGCAUCGAGGAAGAUGAAACCACCGUCUUGCAAGAUGUAGAUGAACGAUCAGACAAUGAAGAUUUGACCAUGCCUCAACGACCUCUUAGCAGUGGAAUUAAAAGACCUAAAAUGAACCCUGUGGACAAGCACUUCUCUGAUAUCUUGACCAAGAGCAUUUCCUUGAGAGAAAGUCAGACGUUGCCAGAAAGUGAUGAUGAAGAUAAGCUUUUUUGCUUGUCCUUGUAUAAAGAACUAAAAAGAGUACCACAGCAUGUAAGGAUAAGGACUAAGAUACAACUACUAGAAGUAAUUCAACGUGCACAAGACAUUCACACACAACCACAAGCACAGGGCCCGAUUAACCAGUAG